CGGGAAGGGCCGACAGGAUGGGUGCCCUGGUGGGGAGUGGAAGGAAACCAUUGGAGAAUGCAAUAGGAUGAAAAAAGAAACCUGGACGGCCGAAGGGCAGAUAGCUGGAAAAAGGCAACGCUUCGCCUGGAAGACGGUCGUGGACACAAGCCAGGCGGCCACUGUGCCCAGGCGGCUAGCGCUUGGGACUUCCGCUGUCUGGGGCGGGGCCGGUCUCCCAGCUCUCCGCCGCAGCGGGCUCCACCUCUCCGGCGCCUCCUUCCCUCCAGCCGGCUCUACUUCGUCGCACCCGCCACGUGACGCUCCGCCCUCCUCUUAGAUCACAUGAUUUCGUAAUACAAGCUUGAAAGUGUUCCUCCGCGCUGGUGUAGUCCCUACCUUUCGGAUUUCCUCUCCAGUCCCUAUUGGCUUGCGCAUUUUUGGAACUUGAACAUUCUCUACGUGUCUCAAAACAUCUGUUUCUUUUUUGGCCUCUUCUGGAAACUAUCUCCGCCAUUUGGGUACUACUUUGUUUUGGUGUCAACGGACGCAUUUAGCGUAGCAACACAUUUCGUGAAUAGCUAACCUUGUAUUUGUUUCUGCCCUUCCUCUACGUUAUUUCCGAAAAGAACUUGGAGAACCGAGUCUUAUGAGUACCAUUUCCUGCCCCUUUUCAUCCCCAACUUCGUUAGAGGGAGGUUGGAAGAUAGGUUUUCGGUUAUUUUUGACGAUAGUAAAAGCCAACCACCUUUGGUACGUCAUCUGCGUAGCCCAGAAAUUGAUUCCAAAGCGAUUACGCUGAUGGAGGGAUGGGAGAGGUCAGUGGGGGGUGCUACGCUAGCUGCGUUAGCGCCUCUGAGCUAGUGGCGUAAUUUAGCAGGCGGGGCAGCAGUCGAUAGUCGGGGGCGGGGUUGGUGAAUAGGGAAGUGGCGCAAAUUCGUGGAUCGCUCCGCCGAAUCCGCCCGCGCGUCGCCGCCGUCGCCGCCGCCCCCCGUCCCGGCCCCCCCGGGUUCCCUCAGCCCAGCCCGGUCCAGCCCGGUUCCCGGGAGGAUGAAGUUCGUGUACAAAGAGGAGCAUCCGUUCGAGAAGCGCCGCUCUGAGGGCGAGAAGAUCCGAAAGAAAUACCCUGACCGGGUCCCGGUGAUAGUAGAAAAGGCUCCCAAAGCUCGGAUAGGAGACCUGGACAAGAAGAAAUACCUGGUGCCUUCUGAUCUUACAGUUGGUCAGUUUUACUUCUUGAUCCGGAAGCGAAUUCAUCUCCGAGCUGAGGAUGCCUUGUUUUUCUUUGUCAACAAUGUCAUUCCACCUACCAGUGCCACAAUGGGUCAACUAUACCAGGAACACCAUGAAGAAGACUUCUUUCUAUACAUUGCCUACAGUGAUGAAAGUGUCUACGGUCUGUGAAGCUGCUGCCCCCGAGGUGGAGGGGGGUCUUAUUCUACCAAGAGAGAGGUGGCCCCCUUCUUUGACCUCCUCCUCCUCCUCCUUCAGGCUCAAACACCAUCUCCUUUCUUCAGGACCUGCACUUCUUAAUGUUUGAGGCUUUCUCUCUAGCUCCUCUUAGUAGGAGGGGUAAUGGUGGAGAUGGCAUCUUGUACCUUUCCUUUCUUCCCCUUUCUUUGCCUACCUUUCCCUUUCUGCUUUAGACUUCUUGAUUGUCCAUCUUUGUUACAACUAGCGAUUGUUUUGGUUUCUGUUCCCUUUCUAACUGCCCAAGAGGCUCAGAACCCUAGCAGUCCCUUCCUUUUGCUACUUUCUUUUUUGGGGGUAGUUGGAAGGGACUGAAAUUGGGGGAGGAAGGUAGGAGGCACCAUCAAUAAAAAGGAAGCCACCAAGCUGAACUGAAUUUUGCCUUGUGUUGCUCCCCUCCUUUUUUUCAUUUUUAGUCUUUCCAAGGUGUCAUGGGUUUAGGUGUGGGAAGGAGAAUUGGGUACAGGUUGGAGGAAUAGAAGUAUAUUUUGGUUUAUUAUGCUGAUGUGGGUUUUUUUUCUGUCUGCAUAAAUAAAGAGGGUGCUUUUGUUGUGAUGGAAUGGAAUACUCUGAGUAUCGUUUUAUGAAUCUAGUGUUGUAUACGUGUUGCAUACACGUGUAUAAAACUGUGAAAAAUA